AUGUAUACUGGUGAAGAUGACAUUGAUGGUCCAUUGGAGACGAAUCGUUUAAUACAAGUGUCAUGUGAGAAAAUUGUUAAUUCAAGAAAUGAACGAGGUGGUGCAAAAUUACAUCGAAAUCUUAUGAUUGUACAUUUAAUAAGGAAAGCGCGAUCGCAUACAAUGAGAUCAGCUGUUGGAUAUCCAUAUCCAAGUUGUGCUGAGGCGAAUUCCUUUGUUUAUGGUUCACCAUCGUCGGAUAUUUAUCAAAACAGUUCGGAUUGUCAGAGUAAUCCGUCGUGUUAUUCGGGACAAUUGCGUAAUGCCUCUGAACAUUUAUAUAACGCUUAUAACAGUUCGCAUUACGGACAUUCCGAGUUCAGUAUGGAACUUUCCGAUGAAAUGGAUUAUGCCAUACCGCUUGAACCAAUCAAACUGCGUUUCGUUGGUAAUGAAGUUCCUAUGGAAUCUGGCGAACUUCUCGAAUUAAAGCAAAGUGAAGUUCCAAAAAAUGGCAGCUUAUUAUAUGGAGAACAACAAACAGAGAUCUCAUCUGUCCAGAUGUCUUCCUUACCUCAUUUUGGCGAUGAACUUCAGCAGUCAACAAGUUAUUUAUCUGAAAAUAUUGAGGAAGUCAGAGAACUACCAGCCGCAGAAGAUGAUAAUGGUUGUUUCGUCGAUGAUGGCGAUGAUGAAGAGACCGAAGAAUGCCAAUUAUCUGAAACUUCUGGUAGGCGUAAACGAAAAACGUCUAUGACAUGUUUAGCAGCAAGUGAUUCAAGUUCAGCGAAGAAAUGUUGCGUGGAAGAGCAUCAGUUAACCGGGUUAAUAUCAGUUUUUAAUUCAGGCCUUACUGUUGUCGCAGAUCAAAUUCUGCCACGGACACCAGCAGCGAAUCUUCUUCCUCCAGCUUCAGAUCAGAUUGUGCCCUCACUCAUGCACCUCGCUUGUAGUCCACUUAUUUGUAAAUAG